UCGGACACGUCUACAGUGUAAACUCAAAAACUUAUUCGACAAGGCCAUCUUUGUAGUUGUCUUGUGGGAGUUGGUGAGGCAAGCUUCAACCUUCAACCUUCAACCUUUAACCUUCAAAAACACUGCCAUUUUGACACACCAUCACCACCCAAUUCCCAAGCCUUUUUUCUUCGUCAUAAAAUUUUUCCCUUUAAUUGAACUCCAAGAAUCUUUUUAUUUUUCCCCCGUGUUUCCCUUUUCAUGGAUUCCCUUUUUGUCGUUGUUUGCCCUUCAGGAAACCGUGAGAAAAUAAAAGAAAAGAGCGAUACUUUGGACUCCAGUAGGGAACACUCAAGUAUCAUUUGACUCAUAUUAGGCGUGGGUUUUCCUUUAUUUUGUGAGAACUGAAGCUAGUUUGUGUUUCUUUUUCCCUUUAAUUCUCUUGGAAACCAAACGCUACACAUACCCAACAAAUGGAAAUGGUUUUUGCUUGUCGGUUCACGCCGUUGACUGAAUUAUCUUUGCAUUUUCAACGGCACCGCUUUCUGGCUUCGCAAUUUUAUCAGACUUUCUUCUGGAAACAUAGUCUGAGAAGAAUUUCAACCAGGAUCUGCAACCACCAAAAUUCAAGCUUUGUUCUUAGGAAAAGACAACCAAAAACAAGAGAAUACAGGCUGUUCAAAUCGGUGGAAUUGGACCAAUUUUUAACGAGUGACGAUGAAGAUGAAAUGGGUGAAGGCUUUUUUGAGGCAAUUGAAGAGUUAGAGAGAAUGACUAGGGAACCCUCUGAUAUUCUUGAAGAAAUGAAUGAUAGGUUGUCAUCAAGAGAGUUACAGUUAGUUUUAGUUUACUUUUCUCAAGAAGGAAGAGACUCUUGGUGUGCACUUGAAGUCUUUGAGUGGCUCAAAAAGGAGAAUAAGGUUGAUAGUGAGACAAUGGAACUUAUGGUUUCAAUUAUGUGUAGUUGGGUCAAGAAGCUGAUUGAAGGAGAGGGUGAUGUUGGUGAUGUGGUUGAUCUCCUUGUGGACAUGGAUUGUGUGGGGUUGAAGCCGGGUUUUAGUAUGAUUGAGAAGGUGAUUUCGAUGUAUUGCGAGAGGGAGAAGAAGGAGGGAGCAGUUAUGUUUGUGAAGGAAGUUUUAAGACGGGGAAUUUCAUAUGAAGAUGAUGAUGGAGAAGGACAGAAAGGAGGACCAACUGGUUAUCUGGCUUGGAAGAUGAUGGUUGAGGGUAACUACAGGGAUGCCACCAAAUUGGUGAUUGACCUUAGAGAAUCUGGGUUGAGGCCUGAGAUUUACAGCUACCUCAUAGCAAUGACAGCAAUAGUCAAAGAGCUUAAUGAAUUUGCAAAAGCCUUGCGGAAGUUGAAGGGUUUUGUUAGGUCUGGUUUGGUUGCUGAACUUGAUAUGGAAAAUAUAGAGCUUAUAGAAAAGUAUCAAUCUGAUCUCCUUGCUGAUGGACUAAGAUUGUCUAAUUGGGCAAGUCAAGAAGGAAGUUCUUCACUUUAUGGGUUGAUUCAUGAGAGGCUUCUUGCCAUGUAUAUUUGUGCUGGUCGUGGAGUUGAGGCCGAAAGACAGUUGUGGGAAAUGAAGCUUGUCGGUAAAGAGGCUGAUGGGGACCUUUAUGACAUCGUUUUAGCUAUUUGUGCUUCCCAAAAGGAGGCUAGUGCCAUAUCACGGUUGCUUACUAGAUUGGAGGUUUCAAGCUCUCUGCGUAGGAGGAAAACUUUAUCAUGGUUAUUGAGAGGUUACAUCAAAGGAGGGCAUAUUGUUGAUGCUGCAGAAACGGUGGUUAAAAUGCUUGAUUUGGGCUUAUAUCCAGAAUAUUUAGACAGGGCUGCUGUUCUGCAGGAACUGAGGAAAAAGAUCCAACAGCCAGGAAACACCCAAGCUUAUAUUAAUCUCUGCAAGCGACUGUAUGAUGCGAGUUUGAUUGGACCUUGCAUUCUAUAUCUGUAUAUAAAGAAAUAUAAGCUUUGGGUUAUAAAAAUGCUUUAAAAACUGAUGAAUGGAAAGGAAAAUCUUGAGCCCAGAUUUUUUUUUAGAAGUAUACUUUCUGGGUGAAGAAUUCAUCGGAGAAGCUUAGGAGUUUUAUAAACCUGAAUCUUGUAUGGUUUAAGAUGGCCCUAGAGCAGUAAAAGGAUAGUCAGUAGAGGAUAUGCAGACCAACUGUGAACGCUGGAAAUACAUGGUGAGCAUUUUGUUCUUUGGGUCAUUUAAAUACUUGUACACACUGUGGCUACUGUGUAAAUGAAUAAUGAAUGUUCCUCCAUUUGUAACUAAUAGGACUCCAAAUCUGUACUACAGGUAUGUUCUUGCAUUAUUCUUCUCCUCUUCCUUUCAUCCCUGGAAUAUAUCAUAUUUGCAUUAAGCUUCAUGUACAUAUUUUGCUAGUGCCACACAUGUUGUAAUCAACUUUAUUUCCAAUCUGGAAUGAUGGGCUUACCUAGCAUCCGGCUGCUGGGUGACCAUGGUA